GGCUGCGGUGCUGGGGCCGGACCCGAACCUGAGCCGGGGCGGGGCGGGCUGCGAGUGUGAACGGUACGCGAGUGGCAAGUGCGGGGUCCCGAGGGCGGCGGCGGCUGUCUGUGACCUGAGGGGAGGAGACGCUGUGGCAGAGAUGCUGGAGACCCUGCGCGAGCGGCUGCUGAGCGUGCAGCAGGAUUUUACCUCCGGGCUGAAGACUUUAAGUGACAAGUCAAGAGAAGCUAAAGUAAAAAGCAAACCAAGGACUGUUUCGUAUUUGCCAAAAUACUCUGCUGGACUAGAAUUACUUAGCAGGUAUGAAGAUACAUGGGCUGCACUUCACAAAAGAGCCAAGGAGUGUGCGCGUGCUGGGGAGCUGGUGGAUAGCGAGGUUGUUAUGCUUUCAGCACACUGGGAAAAAAAGAAGACGAGCCUAAUAGAGUUACAGGAGCAGCUUCAGCAGCUUCCAGGUUUAAUAGCAGAUGUAGAAUCCAUGACAACAAAUUUGACUCAUUUAGAAGCUAGUUUUGAGGAGGUAGAAAACCACUUGCUGAAUCUGGAGGAUUUAUGUGCACAGUGUGAAUUAGAAAGAUACAAACAUGCACAGUCUCAACAACUGGAAAAUUACAAGAAGAAUAAAAGGAAGGAACUUGAAACCUUCAAAGCUGAACUAGAUGCAGAGCACAGCCAGAAGGUCCUGGAAAUGGAACACACCCAGCAAAUGAAGCUGAAGGAGCGGCAGAAGUUUUUUGAGGAAGCCUUCCAGCAGGACAUGGAGCAGUACCUUUCCACUGGUUACCUGCAGAUAGCAGAGAGGCGAGAGCCCAUGGGCAGCAUGUCAUCCAUGGAAGUGAAUAUCGACAUGCUGGAGCAGAUGGAUCUGAUGGACGUAUCUGACCAGGAGGCCCUGGAUGUCUUUUUGAAUUCAGGUGGAGAAGAUAAUGCCAUGCUGUCUCCUGUCUUAGGGCCUGAAUCAAGUAUCGGUCAGAAUGAAAUUAGUCUUCAGGUUCCAAAUCCCUCUGAAUUACAAGCCAAGCCACCGUCCUUGUCCUCUACCUGCACUGACCCGGCCACCCAGGACCCCAGUGAAGGUGGGGAGUCCCCCGUUGUUCAGUCUGACGAGGAGGGAGUUGAGGCGGACACUGCUCUCGCCACUUUACACACCGAUGACAGUGACUCCUAAAUCUGGGCACUUACAUUCUUUGACCACCUCUGAAGGAAGACUCAGCUGUGUGUAGAAUCCCACUGUGAAAGCAGGUGGUUUUAUGGAGGCUCUUGAUUUUCACACAGUUGCCAAUAAUUUGUGAGAAAGUGAAAGAACAGCUAACAAUAAAGUUUGAGGACUGACUUUAAAAUGA